AUGAUGGCAUCAUUUACCUCAACACUUGCUCUCUCCCAAUUUCCCCAUAAGCGCCUGAGCCUCCAAAAAUCUCGUAAGCUACCCGCCAGCGCAAAUUUCAAACGCUUUAGAUGUUUCAAUUCAAGCGCGCCCCAGUGGGAACCCGCCCCCAUAUCCUACGCAUCCGAACACCAAGAUACACUCCCAAAACCAGCCGCCGCCAACAUCUUCGAAACCUUGAAUUCCCCAAGCAAACCCCCCGAGCCCUCGAUUGCCGAAAAAACCGAACACCUCACUUCCAAAAACCUCGGUUACCUUAGAAUCCCUCUAUGGCUGCUGGGCCCCGCCAUCCUCCUGCUCACGGGCAUGGUCCCCACCCUGUGGCUGCCGGUCUCCUCCAUCUUCCCGGGCCCGACUGUAUCGGGCCUCCUCUCCCUCACGGGCCUCGACUGCAUUUUCAACCUCGGGGCCUUCCUUUUCCUCCUCAUGGCCGACUCAGCAGCCCGUGCGGGCCCCAAGGAGAGCUCCGGAGCCUGCAAAAGCAGGCCUCCUCUCGACUACCGAGUUUUCAACGUGCUUGCGAAUAUAACGGGGUUCGCAGUACCACUUUUGGCGUACCUCGGCUCGGAAAACGGGCUCGGGCUGCUGCAGCCCAGAAUGGGCUUCGUCCCGUUUGCGGUCAUGCUGGGCCCGUACCUCCUGCUGCUGACGGUGCAGAUGCUGACGGAAAUGCUGACGUGGCAGUGGGGGUCCCCGGUGUGGCUGGUGGCUCCGGUCGUGUACGAGGGGUACCGUCUGCUGCAGCUGAUGAGGGGUCUUGGGCUCGGGCCAGAGAUGGGUGUGCCGGCCUGGACUGUGCAUAUGGUGAGAGGGUUGGUGUGUGGGUGGGUGCUCGUUUUUGGGGUGCAGCUCAUGAGGGUGGCUUGGUAUGCCGGAUUUACUGCUUCUGGUUACCGACGACAGCAGGAAUUCGAGGUUUCUGGAGAUGGGUGA